UUUGAUUUACCCUACCCAUAUUUAAACCCGCCCAAUAUUGGAUUGUUAAACCCUUCUUCCUACCUUCAUUCGCUGCUUCCUUCGCUUUCUCUGUUUCUUUCAUCUUGACGGCGUCUCUUUUCCUCAAUCACUCAUAAUGGCGUACGCUGCUGUGAAACCCACCAAGCCUGGUUUGGAGGAUUCUCAAGAGCAGAUCCACAAGAUUAGGAUCACUCUUUCCUCUAAACACGUCCAAAAUCUUGAAAAGGUUUGUGCUGACUUGGUUCGUGGUGCGAAGGAUAAGCGUCUUAGGGUUAAGGGACCUGUUAGGAUGCCCACUAAAGUUCUAAACAUCACUACUAGAAAGUCCCCUUGCGGUGAAGGUACUAACACCUGGGAUCGAUUUGAACUCCGUGUGCACAAGAGAGUCAUUGACCUCUACAGUUCCCCUGAUGUUGUUAAACAGAUUACCUCUAUCACCAUUGAACCUGGUGUUGAGGUUGAGGUGACCAUUGCAGAUGCUUGAUCUUAAUCACAAUUUUAACUUUAUGUCUACCAUUUCUUUUUUGCCCCUUGUAUUUUCACAGUUUUGGUAUUAGAACAAAUCUUGUGUACUUUAUUUUUAUGGUUGGAUAUUGAUGAGUAGUGAGUUAUCUUGAAAAAUGUCAUGCUUAAGAUGUUAUGAGAUUUUUACAUAUUCGGAUAUUUUGAUGUUAUAUAUCACAUUAUAAAUAGGAUUAAUAGUGUUUUGGUGUCUA